UGUCCUCCUCCUCCAGAUGUUUGUGUUCACUUCCUGCUCAGCUGACUCAGACGGACCGCUAGCAUCCACAAAGACAACCCUGUCUCAUCGUCCGGACCACAUUUGAAAUGAAAGUGACAGAACCGUGAAGCCACCUCGAACCCUGAAACGCCCUGGAUCGAUACCCGAGUCUGUGUCUGUUUGUGUCCCCCAACAACGAGCCUCGGAUCUUGAAGCAAACAGCAGAUAGAGCCCUGUCCUCUGCUUCUCUGUUUACUGGAAAGUUCUCCUCUCCUCUCCUCUCCUGGCCACUGAAAGGCCUUUUUCCAAACGCAGUGCCAGAUAAGGACGCUGCUGAGAAAGCCACAGUGUCCGACCGAACUGGAUUCAAUGAGGGAGCCAGAUCGGGAGGAGCAGCCAGACGACAACAUGCCCCCCAAGUUUAAACGACACCUCAAUGACGAUGAGGUCACGGGAUCCAUUCGCAGCGAGAGGGUGAGACACAGAUGGAGGGGGAGAGGCAGCCCUCAGAUGAUUUACAAAUUGACAGUCAGCAUGCUGAGAGGGCCCACAGGACCCAGAUUUGGACCUCACAAUGACAAAAUGAAGCAGGUGCAGUCGCAGGUUGAUGAGGUGAUUGAUGUGAUGCAGGAGAACAUCUCCAAGGUGAUAGAGAGGGGCGAGCGUCUCGACGACCUGCAGGACAAGUCGGAGAGCCUAUCGGACAACGCCUCUGCCUUCAGUAGUCGAGCCAAACAGCUGCACAGGAGGAUGUGGUGGAGAGACAUGAAGAUGAAGGUGAUCAUUGCCUUGGUAGUUGUUGCCCUCCUGCUCAUUAUCAUCAUUCCAGUGAUCCUGCGAUAUCGCUAGUGUCUGACGAGGGGGAUGGGGGAGAACCCUCCUCUUCCUCUUCUUCCUCUCCCUCUCCUCUGCACACAGUCCCCCACUCCCGCUAGGGGGCGCCAGCCAGCCUCCCACACCCUCCUCAGUGUCAGCCUGUGUACCUUCAAGGAUCUGGCCUCACCUUGCCAUUAGUACGGAUCUUAUCAUCAGUAUUUCCACGUAACACUGCUGUGAGAUCGGUACUAAGACUCGGGUUGAUCCCUUGGUUAGAUACUCUGCUACAGGAACACAGGGGAGUUGAGGAGAUAUUUUAACGCGGUUUGGGAGAAAACACUAACUCUCAGCCCUCUAGUCAAUGUGAAGGAGUGCUCCAUUCCAUGAUACAUAUCACAUGUAGUGCCCUGUCUUUGCCUUGACAACAGGGAAACUCCAGGUCCUGCAUAUUACAUAACAUAGAUAGAUACUGUAAAGGCAGGGAAUCCAUGCCAACAAGCUGGUCUGAAUGUGCUGCAGCAGCCUCUUAUAAUAGGGCUCUAACAUUUAGCGAAUGAACCUCAGAUGUCUAUCCAUGAUUCCUUGUGUGCUGUCUUCUCACCGCCUGACGAUGAGAACGUUUAUGGGGAACAUUUUCAUUUCACUACGUUUACCUUUACACGAGGCGAGGGAACAUCUGAGGUUCAUCUGUGUAGUCAAAGGUGGCUUCUCUUAAUCAUCAAAAAGGCUUUCUGUUAGAAUAAAUGAUUUCACUCAUCAGGUAUGUUUCCUCAUCAGUGCAGAUGAUUGAAAAAGGGACUAGAAAGGAACACCAUCUGUUCAGACAAAAUCCUGCUCUAUAACAUGAUUCUAUUCCUUAAAUUACCGCUUUUCCAUUUCCGUCUGCCUCCUGAUCGCUUGUUAUACUGUACAGCAGGACCACAUCGAACCAAAACAUCCAGGUUAUGAAUGUCUCCUUGCCACCCCAUACCUCUCACCUUCCUCCUGGGAUGUGCUGAGCUCUGGGCUGGUUUGGUCACGGGUAUCCCACUUUCAAGCUAGUGACAUUAAACUGUCUCCGCAGAUGGUUUGGUUUUAAUACAGUUUUCUGUAUUUCUUUUCAAUGUUUUUAAGUUCUUGUUUUUGCUGGUCGCUCAAUGUGAUGCUUGUAUGAAUGCUGGUAUUUCCACUGAAGGGACAGUUUAUCGCUGUAGUGUUACAUUAUGUUUAAGGAGGGGUAAUUUAAGUGAGCUGUGAAACAAAUGUAGGUGUCAUUGUAUGUGGAUUAAUUAAUGGUAUGAUACAUACACAUUUACAUUGUCAUUUUAUUAUUUUUAAUGUAAUUUAUUUUAGCUGUAAAUAUUGAUUCUAUAAUGAUGUAUAAUACUCCGGCAUUGCAUUGGAAGACUGUGAUAUAUUGAUCUGUUUUGCUUUAAAAUGAUAAAUAAAGUGAUUUUAAAGGGCA